AUGCCGCGACGGGCGAUUGCUACGACAAACCAGAAUGUCGCGUUCCUAAAGCACCUUGCCGACCGCGAGAACAAGAAUAGAGAUGCCGAACGGCCGGAACCUUUGUCGGCCGAGCAACAUGCUUCUCUCCGCAACAAGCUCAAGGAUGUUGACUUCAUCCGACCAAAGCUAUCGCAGGAGACUGAAAUCAACAUUGGGGGGAUCUUGGGAAAGUGGAAGCGGUAUUGCGCCGAUCAGAAACUCGGUGGGUGGAGAGAGGCCCUUGAUAGCCUUACCCGAGAGACGACGAUGAGUUUUUUUCUAUACGUUGGCGAGCGGUCAAACCUUCGCUCUUCGGGGUCCUCGAGAGUGUACAUCCGCCAAUUCCAGCAGCUAUACACCACUGCCACUGGCCACUACAUGGACCGUAACGAUGUGAAAGAAGUGUAUAAGUUUCACGACCGCGUCAUCGUCCCCCGUUUCAACUUGAGAGCACCGAACACAGAUGGGAAGCCAGUCCUUGGCGUGGAAGACCUCCGAGCUAUUCUAACCUUCAAUAUCGCUUACGACAUGGGCAUCUUCCAGCUCGAACGGCAGCGCGUCCAACUGGCCGGAUGCUAUCAGAUUCUGUGCUAUACAGGAGCACGGCCUGGCGAGCUCGUUCAGAACGAGAGAAAAAAACCCCAAGAUGGGUCCGUAGAUGAACUCUUCAAAACCCGAGGCCUCGAAUCGACAAACGCUAGGCACCACAACAGCCCGAAGAGUAUCGAGGGUGACGACGAGGUGGGAGCCGAGGAUGAGGACUCGCUGCUGCUCAACGGGCUUCUGCUCCAGGAGACUGUCGGUCGCGGUCGCCCAAAGGCUUUGUGCUACGAGGAUAUCCUACUCAUGAUCGUUCGGCACCCUGUGACAGGUGCACCCACACCAGCAAUGGCGAUUAAGUUCGUUCAUCACAAGGGAGCAGACAACAAACCGAAGCCGACUAUUUUCUAUUUCACUCCGGCCAAGAAGCUCAUCUUCUGUGCGGUCAGCACCAUCAUUGCUCUGGCUCUUCACGACCACGCCUUCGACGCCGCGAGUUUGACGUCCGCAUCCCGGAUACUACGAGCCCAGAUACGAGGUCCUACCCAGUGUACCCCGCUACGUUGGAAGGCAUCUAUGCUCAAGACUCCCGUCUUUCGACGCAUUCAUGGCACACAGCUGGCGGCGGACGAGGCCAUGCCAUACUCUAAGUUACGGGAUGAUAUGGGCCGGCAAAGUCUUGACGCUGGCUUUGAGAAGCGUUGGACUCCGCGCUUUGCACGAAGAGGAGCAGCGAAUGCGGCGAACGGAAAUGCUCCCGACGCCGUGCGUGAUCAGAUGAUGCGCCACGAUCCCAAAUUUGCAACCUUCCACAAUGCCUAUAUCAAUCAGAAUGUCAACUUCGACCUGCAGAAUACAUUUCUAGAGGAGGAUGCUGAAAACCAGAUGUACAAACUAUUCGCGCACGUCAGCCUAACACGCGACCCUCGCGCCACAAGCAACAUGGUUCCUGUGGAACUUUGGAACGACUUGGAACCCGAUCGCGCCAUUGUCAAAAUGCAGCGACGCCGGGCAGAACUCAAAGACGGCCGAUAUCGCAUAAAAGGUAAGGAUAAAGAGGCUGAGAUCCGCAUGCUCACCAACCAAAUCCGCUUGAUGGAAGCUCGACGCGAUUCACACAUCGUCAAGGAAUAUCGCGAUUACUAUUUCCACAACCGUCCUACAUGGGACAUCGAGGCACAAGCCCGUGGCGAAGAGCAAGAAGAGUAUGUGGAGCCGGAAAUCGACCUACGGAUUCCCGAGCGUAGGCGUCUCGCCGAGAUUUUGUGCCAUCAGUCCGAUGAUUGGACGCAGGACGAUGUGUUACAGCAAAGGAUCGAGGCCAUAGACCUAAUGGUGGUCUUAUGCGACAAGAGAGAAUCAGCCAAACGGAAUCGCCUCCGGCCACGGGCUCGCGCGGAACCACCUGUUGCAGAAGAUGUCCACCCGCCGAUGACGGUUCCCCUUGUUUUGAAUGCGAAACAAUGUCCUGUCUGCGUUGGCGACGAGCGGCUUCCUUUGGAAGAGCGGACUUUCAAGUACUGCCGGACAACAGUCAGGAAUGAUCAUUUUGAUGACCAGCACCUUGAGGAACGAGAGCGCACUGUGACAAACGGCGGGGUUAUCCGAUGCAACCAUCCUCAGUGUCGGGAUGAGCCACGCUUCCAAAAAAUGGAAUCGCUAGAUGCUUUCCGGAAUCAUGUGCGGGUCAAGCAUGGGGUUUCACUCAGGACUACAGUCCAGGUUGCGCAAAGACGCGAGGACAAAGCACGCCAUAGACGAAUGAGACAAGGGUUUGUUUGA